AUGAAUCUCCUCAACUUCAGUCUGUUCUUGCUCUUCCCGAUGGGACACGCCUUCAGGCUUCUUCAGGAACCCUCAGACGCCGCUUCCGCCUACGACGAACGGGUCAGGUCCUUCGUUCCCCAAAUUGUCGGGGAACUGGUGACAGGUCCUCUGAGGGAGGAGAGCGUUGCCCUCGUCCUGCAGGAGGGCCAAGACUCCGGAAGCUUUGGAUGCAUCGACAGGCCCCUCACACUUCUGCGCCUCCCGCCGGCGUCACCUGACGGAGGAGGAGGAGGAGAAGUGGUGAUUUCCAACGGCACUGGGAGUGGAGAGGAGGGCGGGAGGUCGGAGCGCGGUCCUCUGAAAGUGGGUGUCAUUGUGGUGGUAGCUACGUCAGAAGAUGAUUCCUGGUCGCUUCUGCAGAGCCCUCCCGAAAACUGGAACGCCUCAGCCGUCGUGCUCAUAUCAACCUCGACCAACUGCAGGAAGACGGACCUCCUGCAGACGCCUUUGCUCUUCAGAACGCCUUCGGCGGCCCUCCUCUGCCCCCUCGCCCCCAGGAAGCCAGACGCUCAGAGCCGGCCCCUCUUCCGGGUGUGGGCCUGGAAGCCGUUCGUCGUAGCCGACCACUUGGUCGACCUCGGCGCCUGGAACCCGGGAGACUUCAGCACCUGGAAACGGCUCUUCAUCGACCGUUUCGACGACAUGACCACCAAGUUCGUUCAGGUAUUCGCGCAGACUGUCGACAGGCCACUGUUCUACAGUGAUUCAGACGGGAAACUGAAGGGGAUGAACCUCAAGAUACUGGGGGCGAUGUCCUCAGCGUUCCGAUUUACUCUGAAUUUGACCUCGAAAUUUGAACUGAGCUGGGAUCAGUUACUGGAUCCUGUGAGGGAAGGCAGCAGCGAGAUCUUCAUCAAUUUCGGCUUGAUGACUCCGGAGAGGAUGCGAGAGUUCCACAUGACAGUUCCAUAUCUUCUGGAAGGGUAUGGGAUCAUGCUUCAGAUUCCUCCACUGCUUCCCAGGUGGAAAAACAUCUUGUAUCCAUUCGAUGUAACCGUUUGGAUCGCCACGGUCGUGUCCGCCCUCUCCACUUCGAUCGCGUAUCAUCUCCUGUAUCGCGAGUACGAGAAGUCUCUCAUCAACAACGCCAUCUCUAUUUUUCAGGGCCUGUUGUCACAUUCGCCGGAAGUGGUUCCUGAGCAGUGGCGUACCCGGCUGUUCCUUUUGCUGUGGUCUGUGUCGUCCUGGAUUCUGAACAUUAGCUAUACUAGCAAUCUGAUUGCUGUGCUCACCAUCCCCGUCUUUCCCAAGAGGAUUGAAACGAUGCAGGAACUGGCGGACAGUGAUUACAGGCUUUGCGUGCUAGAUUAUGGGGACCCCGCGCCUGAGGCCUUGAGAACGUCCGACCACCCGGUACUAGCCACCCUCGGACGCAAGUUAGACCAAGUGCCUCUGAAUCACUCCUUCUUUUACUGGGGUGGCAUCGAACCCUGUGUCUACAAGGUGCUGAAUGGCACCCACGCCCACUUCGACACUUACUCCUUCAUCCAAGUCUUCUACCACAUUCUUGGCCAUGAGUCUGUGACCUACAGAAUGAAAGAAAGGCUUUAUCCAGGGUACCUCGUUUUCCUGAUCUACAAACAUGCUCCCUGGCGGUUCAAGAUCGACGUAGGAAUACAGCGCUUGACAGAGGCAGGGCUCAUCCAGAAAUGGUACGACGACACAAUGGAUGAGUUCAGAGACAAAUUCGGCGAGGAUAGGAGCUUAGGCCAGCUGGCCUUUUCACUCUCUCACCUACAGGGGCCUUUUUACAUCCUCAUGGGAGGAGCUUGCAUCUCCUUGAUGUGUUUUUGUGGUGAAUACAUUACCCAGUCGUGAAAAAAAAAAAGAAUGGUUAACUGCUUGACCAUCUUCAUUAAAACUUUGCCUGUGGAGGGAAACCCAGAACCUCUUUCUAGUGUAUUACUGCCCUGAGGAAUAAAGAUAAACGUGGUUUUCUUGCCCGCGAGUCUCCCCAGUUAUUUUUUUUUUCUCAAGUUUUUCACUUAUAUUCAGAUGAGAGUUACAAUAUCAAAGAUCUCAUAAUUGUCAGUUUCAGGAAGAAGCUAGAUAUAUCUGUUGUCAGCAAAGGUUCUUGUCUCUCAGAUCAUUUUACUAUUGAGGAAACAUUAGUUGAGCAAUGUUACAAACAUGGCUUCAACCACAGUUAGUGAGUAUACUACCCCAGGCCCUGAUUAUUAAGGUUUUCAAAACGAUACAAGUUAAUUUGUGUCUGUCGAGCAAUGUAUUCCGAACAAAAUUAAAAUAUAUAUAUUUACAGAA